AUGCGUCUUCCCAGCGGCAGCACUGCGCUGCUGCUGCUGAUCUCCGUCCUGCUCCACCACUCGGCUUGCACCGCCAAUGCCGGCUCGCUGGACUCCGACGCCGCGGCGCUGGCCGAAUUCCGCCUCGCCGCGGACCGCUCCGGCACCCUCACGAGCUGGAACCUCUCGACCACCCCGUCCCCGUGCGGCAUCCCGGCGUGGCGCGGCGUCACCUGCGGCGGCGGCCGCGUAACGCGGCUGGUGCUCGAGGGGCUGGGCCUCUCCGGCGCGGACGCGCUCCGGCCGCUGGCCUCCCUCGACGCGCUCCGCGUGCUCAGCCUCAAGGGCAACGCGCUCGCGGGCGCCGUCCCGGACCUCUCCCCGCUGCUCGGGCUCAAGCUGCUCUUCCUCUCCCGCAACGCGCUCUCCGGCGAGAUCCCGCCGUCCCUCGGCGCGCUCUACCGGCUCUACCGCCUCGACCUCUCCUCCAACAACCUCUCCGGCGCCGUGCCCCCGGACCUCAGCCGGCUCGACAGGCUGCUCACCCUGAGGCUCGAUUCCAACCGGCUCACCGGCGGGGUCGACCGCAUUGCGCUGCCUAGGCUCCAGGACUUCAACGUGUCGAACAACCUCCUCUCCGGCAAGAUUCCGGUGGCGAUGGCGGGGUUCCCGGCGGCCGCGUUCGGCGGGAAUGCCGGCCUCUGCGGCACUCCCCUCCCGCCCUGCGUGGAAUCAAACACGUCCUCCACGUGCCCCCCGGCCGCGGCCAUGGCGGCGUCGUCGCCCUCGUCGAAACCAUCGGAAAGCAAGGGGAGGAUGAGCCGCGGGGCCGUGGCGGCGAUUGUGGCCGCGGACUUCGCGGUGGUCGGGCUCGUGGCGGGGCUCCUCUUCUGCUACUUCUGGCCGCGCCUCUCCGGGCGGCGCCACCGCGAGGGGGAGAAGAUCGUGUUCUCCUCCAGCCCGUACGGCGCCACGGGGGCGGUCGCGGCGGCGGCCGGCGGCGCUGGCACGUUCGAGCGGGGCAAGAUGGUGUUUUUGGAGGAGCCCGGCGGCGGCGGGAGGCGGUUCGAGCUAGAGGAGCUGCUGCGCGCGUCCGCGGAGAUGCUCGGCAAGGGCGGCUGCGGGACCGCCUACAAGGCGGUGCUCGACGACGGCAGCGUCGUGGCCGUCAAGCGGCUCCGCGACGCGGCGCCCGGGUCGGCGUCGGCGGGGAGCAAGAAGGAGUUCGAGCACCACAUGGCCGUGCUCGGCCGGCUCCGCCACCCCAACGUCGUGCCGCUCAACGCGUACUACUACGCCCGCGACGAGAGGCUGCUCGUCUACGAGUUCAUGCCCAAUGGCAGCCUCUUCUCCCUCCUCCACGGUAACCGAGGCCCAGGGCGCACGCCGCUGCACUGGGCGGCGCGGGUGCACAUUGCGGCGGGCGCGGCGCGCGGGCUGGCCUUCAUCCACCACGCGAGCCGGCGCGGCGGGAGCGGGUCGCCGAAGCUGGCGCACGGCAACAUCAAGAGCACCAACAUCCUCAUCGACCGGUCCGGCGAGGCGCGGCUGGCGGACUGCGGGCUGGCGCAGCUGAGCGGCUCGUCGUCGAGCUCGGCGGGGUACCGCGCGCCGGAGGCGCCCCCGGCGCGGCCGUGGGCGUCGCAGAAGGGCGACGUGUACGCGUUCGGGGUGGUGCUCCUGGAGCUCCUCACGGGGCGGGUCCCGGGCGGCGAGGCGGCGGAGGAGCUGCCGCGGUGGGUGCAGUCGGUGGUGCGGGAGGAGUGGACGUCGGAGGUGUUCGACCUGGAGCUGAUGAAGGACAAGGGCAUCGAGGAGGAGAUGGUGGCCAUGCUGCAGCUGGCGCUCAGCUGCGCGGCGGCCGAGCCCGGCCAGCGGCCCAAGGUGGCGCACGUGGUGCGGAUGAUCGACGAGGUCCGGGCCGCGUCCUGCGGCGGCGCGUCGUCGCCGUCGCGCGAGUCGUCCAUGGACGAGUCCUCCGCCGUCUCCGACUCGCCCGCCGUGUCGGAAGGCGGCGCCGUCAGCCAGUGA